AUGGAGAACAGAAGACGAAAGACGGGAUCAAUCCAUCCAUCUAUUAUGAAAAUGAAUGUGAAUAUGAAAAUGUUAUUGCCCGUAUCAAUAUUGCUAUUGCGAUUGGUGAAUAUAUUUGUUGUGCAAACUUGGUUUGUUCCCGAUGAACUGUUUCAAAGCGUUGAAGUAGCGUAUCAUGUGGUGUUUUCGACUGGACACCUGGCAUGGGAAUGGACAAAUUCAUUGCGUUCAAUUAUACAUCCAUACUCGAUUGCCAUUUUCUAUUAUCUAUUGAAAAUUUUUGAUUUGGAUUCGAAUUUUGCGAUUAUUUUUAUACCGAAAUUGUUACAUUCGUUGCUCUUUGCUAUGGGAGAUGUAUGUUUCUAUUCGUUAGCAAAACGUUUACUGCCGUCAUUUGAUGCGAAAUUUGCACUGUUCAAUUAUCUGACGUGUUGGUUUUUGUUGUAUUGUGCACCGAGGACACUUUCGAAUUCAGUUGAAACUGCUUUGACGUUGAUUGCNUGUUGGCCAUAUAUGAGCAUAGCGACACUGGCCAUUUUAAUACGACCAACUGCUGUGCUCAUUUGGAUACCAUUAGGAUUGUGGCAUUUAGUCAGGUCGAAGUCGCGACUGGAACUGAUCAUUUUUACGUGUCUACCGGCAAUGCUGCCAGUGCUAGUGGUAGCGUUCUUGUUAGACUCAUUCGCCUAUGGUGAAUGGACAUUUUCGGCUUGGAACUUUGCAAAAUUCAACGUGUUCCAAGGCGGAAGUGCUCAUUUCGGUACAAAUCCAUGGCAUUAUUUCAUUACGAAUGGUCUACCAGCCGUACUAAGCGUUCAGUUAAUACCUGUCAUUAGUGGUUGUUUUGUAGCGAUUCGUUAUCGUCAAGUAACGUUAUCAUUGCUCCUCACAUCACUCUUUUACAUCACUUUCCAUAGUGGUUUAGCGCAUAAGGAGCAUCGGUUCUUGUUGCCGAUUAUACCAUUUCUGUGUAUUUAUGCUGGGCAUUUCUUUGGUUACUUGAGAAGAGCUGGU